AUCGUCUAUUAAUCUGUGACAGGGUCACUUCACAAUUUAAAAUCUAAACGUUGGAAUAUUGUCCACCAAUCAAAUUGCGCGAAUCCAUAUCGAAUGGCUGACGAUUCUCUCGGGAGGCAAAUUGUAAACAGCAAUAUAUCUCUUUCUUUUUUUAUCUUUGACAGUAGCAACAGGUCGUAUGAAUGCUCUUUAUUACCAGAAGGACGAACGAAGGGAAUUGAGAAAGUUAUAUGCGAAUUUGCGAUUUAAUCGUACUGUGAUUUGGCUUAGGGAGGAUACAUUUCAAAUUGCAAUUUCUCUCGGCAAUCUGUAUACAGCAGAGCCAACUAUAACUUCGAAAAAAUCGAAAUAUAUUCAGUCCAUUUAUGUACAGCGACAAAAAGAUGCCUUCUCGAGAAAAACAAGGCCAUGGGCGUAUGGCAGAAUUUAAAUUUACCAAUAAACAUGAAGAAGCACGAAGAAGAAGGAAUGCAUUGUCAGUAGUGUUACGUAAAGCGAAAAAAGAUGAUCAGUUAUUAAAGAGACGUAACCUUGAUACUGAAGAAGAUUCAUUAACUGUAUGGGACCAAAAUUUUGUUCCCCCUAUGCCUCAACUUUCUAUAGAUGAAAUCGUAGAAGGUAUAAAAUCAUCAGAUGAAACAACACAAAUGAUAGCGACACAGUCUUGUCGAAAGUUAUUAAGUCGAGAAAAAGAUCCUCCUAUCAAUGAUAUUAUACAGCGUGGCAUAGUACCACGUUGCAUUGAGCUCUUGGAUUGCGAUCAUAACAUUCGCUUGCAGUUUGAAGCAGCAUGGGUAUUAACAAAUAUAGCUUCGGGUACAUCCGAACAAACACAAAGUGUUAUAAAGAAUGGAGCUGUACCAAAGUUGGUGAAACUACUCAAGUCCACGUCACCUUAUGUUAGAGAACAAGCAGUAUGGGCUUUGGGAAAUAUAGCUGGAGAUGGACCACAUGCGCGCGAUUUUAUUCUUAGACACGACGCUCUAAAUCUUUUACUUGAGUUAAUUAAACCUGAUGCUUCCGUGACAUUCAUGCGCAACAUUGUUUGGACUUUAUCUAAUUUGUGUCGAAAUAAGAAUCCACCUCCACCCUUUGAUUUGAUCAAACCUGCUCUCCCAGUAUUUCAUCGUCUACUUAGCAAUACAGAUACAGAUGUGCUUGCUGAUACUUGUUGGGCACUUUCUUAUCUUACUGAUGGUUCCAAUGACAAAAUACAAGCGGUAUUAGAAACUGGCAUUGUACCUAAACUCGUAAAUUUGUUGACAUCAAAAGAAGGAACUGUCCUUACUCCAGCAUUGCGUGCAGUUGGGAAUAUAGUAACAGGUAAUGAUCUUCAAACGGAUGCUGUAAUUUCUGCGGGAGGAUUAGCACAUCUUGGUGCUUUGUUGCGACAUCAACGUCCUAAUAUCGUGAAGGAAGCUGCUUGGGCGAUCAGUAAUAUUACAGCUGGUAACAUGGAUCAGAUUCAACAUGUGAUAAAUGCUGGUUUGAUACCAGUAUUGAUAGAGGUUCUUCAAUUUGGGGAUUAUAAAGCACAAAAAGAGGUUGCAUGGGCUAUAACUAAUCUGACAUCGGGUGGGACAAUCCAAAAUUUGGCUCAGUUAGUACAGGCGGGUGUAUUGACACCUUUCUGCAAUUUAUUGGAAACAAAAGAUUGGAAUAUUAUUAUUGUCGUCUUAGAUGGCUUAACGAAUAUUUUGCAUGCUGCUCAAAAAAUGGGAGAAGUGGAUCGACUUGCUAUGAUGAUUGAAGAAUGUGGAGGAUUAGAUAAAUUAGAGCUUCUGCAACAUCAUCAGAAUGAACAAGUUUAUCAAAAAUCUAUGGCUAUGAUUGAUACAUUUUUCUCUGAAAAGGAUGGUGAAGAAGCAACACUUACUUCUAAAGAGAAUGCUGAUGGGCAUCUUGAAUUUAAUGUAACGGAGACUGCGCCGACAGAUAAAUUCAGUUUUGAAAAUAUAUCUCUGGAUCUGAAAAAGAAAUACUGUAAGUCGAAUAAUAUGUAAAUACAUACGAAACUUGAUUAUCGAUUUAUUGUAACUGUCCAAAUAGUGAUAAUGAUUUAUAACAAAAAUUCUAAAAUUGGUUAUUUGUUUGACUUAUAAAUGUUUAUUCAAUCAAGUUUUAGCGAUUCACGAAGUGCCAGAAAAAAAGGAAAAAUAUUUAAAUUGAUUAUUUAAUAAUUUAUAAAAAAA